AUGAUUAGGGAGUACCAGCCGGUGUUCCAGUUCUUCUGGACCGCCAGCGAGCGGCUGCUGGAGGAGCUGUCGGGCAACGCCACCAACUGCACGCUCAGCAAGCUGCCCUCGGCCAGCGACUUCUACGCAGCUCUGGGUCCAUUGCUGGUGUCGGCUAUAGUGAUUUCCACCGUGGCGUUCUUCUCCACGAUGGGGGUGUACAUCCUCAGCCUACGCCAUGUCCUAUCUGGGCCUGCGUCCAAGCUCACGGGACCUACCGUCUAUGUGAUCAGCAUAUACCCGGUGGCGUCGGUGGUGGCGUUCAUGUCGGUGCUGCUACCACGCUCGUUCUACCUGAUGGUGGCGCUGGAGCAGGACCUGUUCGCCAUCUCCGUGUACCAGAUGUUCUGCCUGCUGGUGGUCUACUGCGAGCAGCAGGGCGUCGGCCCUGGGGGGCUGGCCGCCCCCACCCACGCUGACACCGGCUCUGGAGCCUUCUGGAGGCUGCCCUUCCGUCGCAGCUGUUGUCACCCCAUGCGCUUUACCAGGAGGUUGCUGCUGAAACUGCGGCUGGCCGUGCUACAGAUGCCAGUGGUGCUGUGGAUCAUGUACGGCGUCUGUUACGCCCUCUGGUCUGAAGACGAGUUCCUGGCGCUGCAGCUGACUGUGCUGCUGCCGCAGCUGCAGUACCUCGUGGCCGGGUACGCCGCCAGCUUCUUCCUGUGCUCCGCGCCCUUCACUCCCGUCUUCUGGGCCAACCUGGCGGUGAACGUGCUGACGCUGCUGGAGGUUUUGGCCCUCAGCCUGUGGGCCUUCCAGCUCCACUGCCGCCAGGAGCCGGGCUUCCGCCGCUUGCCGGACGACACGGAGGUGGUCCGCCCAGCCAGCUGGCUGGCUUAA